GAUGAUGGUAAAAAAAAGGCUGGUUUAGAAGAAGCUAAAAAAAUUAUACAUAAAACAAAUCCUGAAGAUGAGAUCAAAAUGGACCAAAAAAGAUACGAUAUUGAUCAAAGAAACAAUACAAUUAAAAAACAAAAUGCAUAUAUGGAAGCAGUUAAAUUUCCAAAGAAAAUAUAUCAGCCAAUUAGCAAUUCAUUGGAAAUAAAAGAAACUGAUGAGAUAAAAAUGGACGAAAACGGAAAUGAUAUUGUGAACAGUGAUGAUGAUGGUAAAAAAAAUGCUGGUUUAGAAGAAGCGAAAAAAAUUAUAAAUAGAACAAAUCCUGAAGAUGAGAUUAAAAUGGAACAAAAAAGAAACGACACUGAUAAAUCAACUAUAAAUGAAAUAGACGAAACAAAAUAAAAACCUAUUAUUACAUCAAUAAAAAUUUUAUCUGAUAACAACAAAUUAAUUAAAGUAGCAGAUGAUGAAUG